CCGCUGGCUGUACGCGAUAGAAGCUUCAUGGAGGAGUUGAAGGACACGAGCAUCCACCAUACGGCCCUUCGGUUGGCGGAGGACGUAAAAACGAUGAAGCUGUACUGUAAUCUCUACAAGACGGUUCAAAAACUUUCCUGCUCUCCGGAGGUGGAUAAGGAUGACAUGAAGCAAACGCUCGAAAACGCCAUCAAAGCGAACGGUCUGGAAACGGAAAUACGGAACGUGAUCUACCAUCUGAUCCGGAAUGUCGUAAAAAGUGACACUCGUCCAACGCCCGCCAGCAGCGAUCCGUUGAACUAUCUACGCCGAGCAGGUAUCCAAUGGGAACGACGGGUACGCAAGUCGUUGAACUCGAUGUGCUCGGAAUCGAAAGCGCAACUGCACGGUCAGAUGCGUACCGCAUCCGACCGGGAGGAGAUCCUCUCCAAGUGGGACGAGCUCAGCACCUAUCAGAUCGAUCUCAGCAACUAUCGACCGGUGUACGCUCCCAAAGAUCUGCUCGACGUGCUGCUAUCGCUCAAGGGACCGAUGAAGCAGGAUGAGACAGACUUUCUACCGAAAUGGGAAUUCUCCCACAUAUCCCUCACGGUGAAGAAUCUCUGCCAGCUGCGAACACACUUUUCCGAGGUGCUGAGAAAUGAUAACAACUUCGGUGAUUGGUCGGUAACGUGCCAGAAGGUGCUGAAAAAACGCCAUGCACCGCUCUGCCAGCAAGCGCUAAAGAAGGGAGUCACACCGCCACCGUUGCGUGGGGCACUCUGGUCCUACGUGCUUGGCAGUCAGGUGGAACAACAUCACGUGGAACAUUGGGAAGCACUGCGACAGUCGGUACUGACCAAUGAAUCCAUAGUAGACAAGCUGGUUUUCAAGGAUGUACAGCUGACCGCCACCAAUGACGAUCGUUACUUCGUGUUCGAAGAUGUACUUUAUCAGAUUAUGCUCUGCUUCAGCAGAGACACCGAAAUAAGCCAACUCAUUCAGGUCGAAUUUACCAACUCAGCGAAGGCGAAACAGUACGAAGGACCUCCGUGUGGGUUUGUCCCGUUUCAUGGUAUCUGCAUGUUGGCGGCUCCGUUUUGUUACCUUUACGAUAAUCCCGUCUCGUUGUACUACACCUUUCGAGCAUUUUACAUUCGUUACUGCCAUCGACUAACGACGAUCAACACCCAUCCACAGGGCAUCGUGAGUUUGUGCCUCUUGUUCGAAAAGUUGCUGCAAACGCACGAACCACAGCUAUGGUCACAUUUCCGGGAACUUCAAAUUCAACCGAUUCGCGUGGUGUUCAAAUGGUUAAUGCGCGCAUUCAGUGGCCAUCUACCACCGGAACAGUUGCUCAUACUGUGGGACUUAAUUCUGGGCUACGAUAGUCUCGAAAUACUAUCCCUGCUUGCCAUCAUCAUACUGAGCUUCCGGCGAGAAAGCCUGAUGCAAGUGACGUCGGUAGAGAACAUAGAAGCCAUCCUGUCCGAUCUGUCCUCCGUCAAAGUACUGCCACUGAUUCAACUAACACUGUCACGGGAUUAGAAUUGCCGACUGCUAAACAGCCAAACUACUGCCGAAUGAAAAUAGAACAUGGUUUUC